GCAAAGCAACGUCUUCAAGUACAUAGCAUCCAAAUCUUCGUUGCAAAGAAUGUGUUUUAGGGUGGAUUGCAAGCAAUGUGGGAAGUACUCGUGGGGUGGUUGCGGCAAACACCUGUCCACCCUCUAUGCCAGCAUUGACAAGGGAAAGCACUGCAUGUGCCGCUCAUGGCCCGCAGUUGUCGUCCCCUCCGACGAGAAAGAUCCCAAGCAACUACCUCCACCUCAUGGACCACCUUCAGCUCCAACUUCAGGCAAGGAAAAAUCUUUAUUGCAGUGAUGGUGGGGCUAUGCAUAAAUAAUUGAGAGGCAAAGAUAUGUUUCAUAAAUAUCCAAUUAGAGUUGCUUGUUUUAAUAAACUUGAUCAGCUAAG